AUGUCCGAGAUUACAGGUGUAGAUAUUACUUGGCAAGACCUUUCUGUCAUGUGCCCACUCACAAAAGCAGAGAAGAAGCGAAGAAUGAAAGAAAACCUUCCUCUAGAUGAUAAAACAAUCAUCAAUAAAGUUAGCGGUACAAUGAAAGCCGGGACCUUCACAGCCAUCUUAGGUCCUUCAGGUUGUGGCAAAACCACAAUGCUCAACUUCCUUUCAAACCGCCACUAUUACUUAAAAGGCCUCAAAGUGUUAGGCGAAGUUUUGGUCAAUGGCCAUCCCAGAAAGUCCAUUGAUUUUAAUUCAAUUACUGGGUAUGUCAUGCAAGACGAUGUUAUCAUGGAAGCAAUGACUGUUGAAGAAGUUUUGAACUUCACAGCCAAGCUGAGACUUCCUGCCGACGUCUGGCAAGACCGUGUGGAAAAAGUCAUUAAAGAUUUAGAACUCCAUAAUUGUCGUAAAUCCGAAGUCGGAGGUGUACUAAAAAAGGGCAUUUCAGGAGGAGAAAAGAAGAGGACCUCCAUAGCAAUUGAAAUGCUUACGGAUCCUGCAAUCCUUUUCCUGGAUGAGCCCACAACUGGACUUGACUCCUACAACUCAGAAAACUUGGUCGACAAAUUAAAUGACUUAGCGAAGACUGGAAUUACAGUGGUCUGCACAAUCCAUCAGCCAAACUCCUUCAUAUAUGCAGCUUUUGACCAAGUCUUACUUCUUGCAGGCGGCUCAGUCAUGUUCCACGGAGAUGCCCGAGAUGCCAUAAGCCAUUUUGGUGAAUUGGGAUAUCCUUGUGGAGAAUACAAGAACCCAGCUGAGCAUCUUUUGGGAUUACUUAGUCCAAUUGAUGAUACUUAUGAAGGAAGAAUGGAAGUCCUCAGAAAAGGUGUCAUCCCAUGGGACGGGGUGAUUGAAGAAAAAAGUGUCAAAGGUGCUUUACAGACUAAAGAAUCAACGAUGGUCGAAGAAGUUUAUGCUCUAGGCAAAAGGAUCUGGAUUAAUCUUGCAAGAAACAAGCUGAUUUUCUUCUUCAAAGUGGUCGCCAACUUCGCUUUCGUCAUACUUUCACUUAUGGUCUUCUACCAGGUGUGUGAUGGAAGCAGCUCAAGCAGUGUGUGGAAUAGAUCUGGAGUCAUGUUCUUUAUGCUUAUGUUUACUGGCUUUAGUGCUGUCAACUCUUCAGGAGCAUAUGCAGACGAAAAGGCAAUGUUCAUUAGAGAACAGUCAAGUAAAGCUUACAGACCUUUGUCAUAUUACAUGAGCAAGGUUCUUUUUGAGAUGCCUAUUGAUGUGCUUAUUAGAGUUUUCGUCAACAUUCUGGUCUACUUAGGUGUGGGCUUGAGCUUAGAUAACGCUGAACAGAUUUUCAUUUUUGUGGGUAUUUCAGCAUUGGUAGAACUUGCUUCAAGAGGUUGGGGGAAUUUCUUAGUUAUUAUAAUUCCAAGUGUGCAGGCUUCCAGUGCUGUGUCUCCAUUUGUGAUGCUUGUUCAGAUGCUUUUUAGUGGCUUUUUCAUUAAGUCAAGCCUUAUUCCAGACUAUUUAAUAGAAUUUGAAUAUUUAUCAAUAUUCAAGUACUCUUGGGAAGCUGCAAUGAUCAAUGAGUUCAAUACUUUUGAUCGAACAAAAUGCGGAGAUGACCCGAUGUGCGACCCUAAUGACUUUUUUGAUCUUGAUAGGCCAAUGUGGGUGCUAUUUAUGUGUAUGGCGAUUUUGAUAGUUCUUACCCACUUUGCGGCUUAUUUGAGCUUGGUGAAACUUGCAAGAAAAUUCAGACUUUAA